UCUGCCCCCGCAGGCUGCAGCUGAUAAAAAGUUCACAAAAGCAGCCGAUCGAAUCCUCUCCUGGAAAUGGCGGAAGCUGAAUAUGGAAAACCCCUUUCCCUAUCUGAGCAAUAUGCGCUCAAGGAGGAGGAAAAAUCAGAUGUGACUACUAAAUCGGCAGAAGCAAAAGAGAUUGAAAAUCCUACGAGUGCUCAAUCUGUGGAAGUUGUCACUGAGAAAGUGGAGACUCCUGCUGCUGUAGUUGAGGAAAGCACCGAGGCCCCUCCUGCUCCUGCUGAAGAAAGCACUGAAGCCAAUUCAACUGCAGAGAACAGUGGUGAAGAUGCUCCAUCUGCAGCAGUGAACACCGAUGAUGCCGAAGAAACACCAGAGAUUAAGCUUGAGACUGCCCCAGCAGAUUUUCGCUUCCCAACUACAAACCAAACAAGGCAUUGCUUCACACGCUAUAUUGAGUACCAUCGUUGUGUUGCUGCAAAAGGAGAAGAUGCUUCAGAGUGUGAUAAGUUUGCCAAGUUUUAUCGUGCCCUAUGUCCCGGAGAAUGGAUCGACCGAUGGAACGAGCAAAGGGAGAAUGGUACAUUUCCAGGACCCCUAUAGAAGGUACCUCUCUGUCGGAAAACCUUGUGGUUUUCUUCUGUUAUAUCCACCCAGUUAACCACAGAUGAAUUUGUUAAAGUCGAAUUUGAAAGGAUGAGGUAAUAAGAAAUUUUGGCAUGUUUUUCUAGACUAAUCAGAUCAAGGAUGAUACAAUGCCUUGGCUCAUAAAAAAAGGAAGCCUUUACUCUUUCCUUGAUGAAACCAUUUUUAAGAACA